CGCAGGGUGAAGUUAGGUUUCCGGCACCCCGCCAACCUGGGUCGGCCACUGUUAAGCCCCCCGCCGGCUCGAGGAAACCAGUGCUCGCAAGCUCGCCCGGUAUAGCCUGACCGUCCCCAUCCAUCAAGCAACGAAACAGUCGAACCACCCGUCAAACUCGGUAAGGAACAUUUAAAAAUGGGUCGAGUGCGCACCAAGACCGUCAAGAGGGCCUCUCGAGUUAUCAUCGAGAAGUACUACCCCCGUCUUGUAACUGAUUUCCACGUUAACAAGCGAGUAUGUGACGAGGUGGCCAUCAUUCCAUCAAAACGCCUACGCAACAAGAUCGCUGGUUUCACCACCCACUUGAUGAAGCGUAUCCAACGAGGUCCUGUCCGUGGUAUUUCCUUCAAACUCCAAGAGGAAGAGCGAGAGCGUAAGGACAACUACGUUCCUGAAGUCUCUGCCCUCGACACCACCGGCACCGCCUUGGAUGUGGACCCCGAGACCAAGGACAUGCUCCGAGCUCUCGGCUUUGACAAGAUUCCGGUCAACGUUGCAGCCACCUCGGCCCAGAUCUUCACCGAUCGACGACCUGGUGGCGACCGAAGGGGAAAGCCUGUAGUCGGAAUGGCUGGUGCUCAACGAGAGUAGUCACUAUCCUGCAAUUUUAUAAUGUCGGCUUGAUAACUCAAAGGACUCUCCUGCCCUUUCACUCGUCCCUUGGAGCAUUGAUCCCUCAGUGGGAUUGAGUCGCUCCACAGACUCGUUGCGCUAGCUGCCCAUUCCCGCCCGCACUAAGAAGCUCCCGCUACCAUUCGUGCCAUGAAACUUUCACUUCAACUCUUAAGCGAUAUAGCCCUGAUUUACCGUUAUGUUAUUCCUCACCCAGCGCAAACUUUAUGUCUAACCACAUGUGAGUAAUUGUGCUGGUCGUCAAGGGACAACCUGCUGCUUCGCCAAUGUUACCAGUUGCCAGGCAGAUACCCCACAUGUUAAGCAAGAUGGCUGAGCUAGCCCGGUGUUUGUCCAUUUUUGUAUGGGGGGCUCUGAGGUUGACUGCCGAUGUGAAAAUGUAUUGAGU